UGAUCGAGAGACAGUGGUUUUUGUGUUACGUUCGUUUUAUCUCUUACAUUGUCAACAUGAUUGAGUCAAUGAUACUUGGGGAGGAUGUAAAUCCAAGUCAGAUAAUUGUUGACAGCCUUUCUACAACAGAUACACAGCAGUUACUGCUAGCAUUAAGGCAGAUGAAGAAUGUUGUUAUUGGUAGUAACAGACAAAAGUCCAAUAUGAUUCUAUGUGGAGCCAUUCCAAAAUUGCUGUACCUUCAGUCUGAGUUCAGUGGUAAUAGUGAAGUAUUACUAGAGUCUGCUGUAGUACUUGGCAGCUUUGCCAAAGGUACAUGCGAUAAUGUUAAGAGUUUAUUAGAUAAUGGAGUAAUUCCAAUUCUACUGAAAGGUCUUGUGCAUUCUGAUAUUAAAUACAUUGAAGCCUGUCUUCGUUGUCUCCGAACUAUUUUUGCGAGUGACGUCACCCCUUCAGAUUAUCUUUACGAUGAUGGAGCUGUGGUGCUGCACUUGAUUAGUAUUAUACCAAUGUCUUUAUGUACACAGGAAUGUAUUACUAGUAUUCUCAGUAAAUGUUGUAAGAAUAGAGAUCAUCAGAAUAUACUAAGUGGGCAUGGUGCCAUACAGGCCUUGGCCCCAUUGUUAACCUCCAACUGUGCCAAGGUACAGUUACCGACACUACAGUGCUAUGCUAUGAUGUGCUAUCAAAAUGAACAAGUUGCUAUGGCAAUAGCAGCUGCUAGUUAUAACAGUGAGACUAUUCCUCAGUUGUUGGUAAAACAAUGUGGUAGAGAACAGAAUGAAAUGAAGCAACUCACUGCCGCUAAAUGUCUUGCUUACUUGUGUCGAGCUGGAGCCAUUCAGUCACAGAAUUCAAUUAUAGUUACCAAGGCAUUGCCCACAUUGGUCAGAAUGUGCAAAAAUGGAAAGAAGUUCCAGGAACGAGUUGAAGGAGCAGAGACAUUAGCAUAUUUGAUAGAGACUGAUGUGGAGUUACAACGUAUUGCAAGUGUAUCUGAUCAUCUUGUAAAGACACUGGCAGAUUAUUUCCGCUGGCCGCCCCCAGGAAUCACUAAUAACACAGGUGAUUUGAACAAGCUUAACCAAGAUAUGCAGUAUUCCAGUGAAUUAAAACAAGCUGCAUUUAGAGCAUAUGCAUCACUUGGUGCUAAUGAUGAGGACAUCAGAAAAAGAAUAAUUGAGACUGAGAAUUUAAUGGACCAUAUAGUAACAGGUCUGUCGGACUCGGCUAUAAAAGUACGAAUAGCUGCAGUUAGAUGUCUACAUAGUCUCUCAAGAUCUGUCCAGCAGUUAAGAACCAGUUUUCAGGACCAUGCUGUAUGGAAGCCACUUAUGAAGCUUUUACAGAAUGCAUCAGAUGAAAUAUUAACAGUAGCAUCAUCUACGCUUUGUAAUUUAUUGUUAGAAUUCUCACCCAGUAAGGAGCCAAUCUUAGAGUCAGGAGCUGUGGAAUUACUGUGUGACUUAGCUCGCAGGGAGGAUCCAGCGUUACGACUAAAUGCAAUAUGGGCUUUGAUGAACAUGUCCUUCCAGACAGAUCAGAAAAUCAAAACUAGUAUUUUAGCAAACCUUGGAACUGAGCAGAUCUUUCAAUUGCUGUCUGAUUCCAACGUUGAUGUGUUGAUGAAAACACUGGGCUUGUUAAGGAAUCUACUCUCAACAAAGUCGCAUAUUGACCACAUAAUGUGCUUACAUGGAACACAGAUUAUGCAGGCUGUUGUGCUCAUUUUAGAAGGUGAGCACUCAGUUGAAGUCAAAGAACAGACACUGUGUAUAGUUGCUAAUAUUGCUGAUGGUUGCAGUGCAAAGGAAUUCAUCAUGUCAAACGACGAUGUGCUCAAGAAAAUUACAAAUUACAUGAUCCAUGCCAAUGUUAAACUGCAGAUAGCAGCGACAUACUGUGUUUCUAACCUAGUGUGGAAUGAAGAGGAAGGAGCUUUAGAGAGACAAGCUAAAUUACGAGAUAUGGGAGUACAAAAACUGUUACAACAACUACUGAGUUCAAGUGACACAGUACUUUUUGAUAAGGUGAAAACAGCACUACAACAGUUCACCUGACUAGAACGGGAAAUGUACCUCUAUUGGACCUGACUUUAAUGGAUACAUUCUAAUUACGGUCAAAUUCAGAAUAUUGGUGCAACUUUUUAAAGUUUAUGUUCACUUGCCAUGUUGGCUUGUGUAGGAAUUACACAUGGUGUAUAUAUAAUCUAAAGAAAGUACAACAUCUGUGAUUCAAACUGG